AUGCCAUCAGAACCAGAUGCGACAACAUCACCAGUAGAUCUAACGGUUGAUGAUGACCAAUCAACUAAUAGUGAGAAAAAUACCAGUUCAGACGCAAGUUCACCUACAAAAGAUGAAGCUCUUCAAGAUUUGAAUUCUCAAUCGACGCAACCUCUAACUAACGAAACACAGCAAGCACUGGACCUCACCAAACAGCCAAGUGAACAAGAAAUACGGCAGGAUCCUCCACCAUUCCCGUCCAGGCUGAAAAAGAAAGAUGAUAGCAAGCAAUUUCAGAGGUUUCUAGACGUUCUCCGACAGCUACACAUUAAUAUUCCCUUGAUAGAAGCAUUAGAGCAGAUGUCGAGUUAUGUAAAGUUUCUCAAAGAUAUUCUCGCCAAUAAGAAAAAUAUUGGAGAAAAUGAAACGGUUGCGUUAACAUAUGAGUGCAGCGCUCUGUUUCAAAACAACCUCUCCACUAAAAUGAAGGACCUUGGGACCUUUACAUUGCCCUGCAUGAUAGGAAGAAAGAUGGUCGGGAACGCACUGUGCGAUUUAGGGGCAAGCAUAAAUCUGAUGCCCUGGUCAAUUUUUAAGAAGCUGGAUAUCGGCGAAGCAAGACCAACCACUAUCACAUUAUAG